CCGUUUGUCAACCCAGUGGAAGGUUCCAGUCUGCGUCAUUCGCGGAGACGCGUAGUUUUACGUUCGACGACACAACCGCUCGCAGUGAAUAUUGUUUUCGGACUAGAGCUGAGAAACGGUUAAUUUUGGUGCUUCUGGAAACAUCGAUUGGCCUGAAACCGAUAGGCAAGCGAUAGCCGGUCACACUUGGCGAUGUACGAUAGAUUUGCAAUCGAUUAUGUAUUUAUCGAAAAGAGCAAAGAGAAGCCGAAAUAUUUUGCAAUAAAAGAUAAUUUUGUAUUAAAACUAAGGAAAUAAGUAACAUUAAAUCGCAGAACAGGGAGACAUGGCCAACGUGGAGUCUAUGAUUGUGGAGGAGAAGACGCAGGUCAAGCAAAUUGACCGCGAGAAGACCUGUCCUCUGCUGCUCCGCGUGUUUUGCUCUACGGGACGCCACCACUCCGUGUCGGAGUAUAUGUUCGGCAACGUGCCCACCAACGAGCUCCAGAUCUACACCUGGCAAGACGCCACCCUCCACGAACUCACCUCCCUGGUGCGCGACGUUAAUCCGGAUACCCGGAAGAAGGGCACCUACUUUGACUUUGCCGUUGUGUAUCCCAACUACCGGAGCAAUCACUUCCAGAUGCGCGAAAUCGGAGUGACCUGCACAGGUCAAAAAGGAAUCGAUGAUAACAAGACACUUGCUCAGGCCAAAUUCAGCAUUGGAGACUUUCUGGACAUCUCGAUUACUCCACCCAACCGCCUGCCACCCACCGCCAGGCGCCAGCGCCCCUACUGAUUCUUCACUUUCAUCUAUUCUAAUCAUUUUAAUCUUUCACUUGACACUCAAUGGAGUAUGGACAUAAUUAUAAGUGGAAUACAAGUAAGACGA